AUGUAUAGCAACUGGGGCUGUGGGUGUAACAAUGGUGUUGAUGUCCUCAUCACCGUGUCAUCGUCGACGACCGUCGGCAUUUCAUCAAACAGAUUGCGGUCGCCGGUGAGCAUGUCGGCUGGCAUCUCGCGCUGGCGUUUCCUCAUGCCUCCGAACGAUGAUCCGCCUGCCAUCGGCAUGGCGUUGAGGUUGAUGGUUACCGACGCGGGCGUGGACGGGGCCACGAUGCUCACCUCCGACGAGCAUUCCGCGGAGAAGCGGCUGCCUUCCGGGUGGACAUGGAAGGCAGGAAUCGGCUGCAUGCAAGACGCGCAUGGCAACUCUGACAGCAUCAUCCGAGGAUAUGCUGACGAGCCCGUGCUAGCCGCAGUUGUGGCAACAACGGCGUUGACAAGCCCGUGCCACGGGCGCGCGUCCGGAGAGCAGAUCUAUGGAUGGAUAAACCCUGGCGACGUCAGAGCGCGCCCCACCAGUCGGUCACACACGCCGCGGCGCCACGGCCGGCACCCCCUGCGGGCGCGCACAUGGGAUGGGAGAGACGGGGGCACCACUCGCACUCGCUUCCUCCGCUCCCUUUCCCUUGCCGAUGUGAUCCCGCGCCGCCUGAGCCUCCCCUCCCACCUCGCGCGGAUCCCAUCGCCCCUCGCCGCGCCGCGCCCCCAGGAAAUGUCUCGCCACCACCACCACGACCCGGCCCCGCCGCCCUGCUGCUCCUGCUGCGCCUGCGGCUGCUCCCCGCCGCCCCCCGCGCCGUGCGGCGGCAGCGGCGGGGGAUACUACCCCGCGCCGUCUCCCCAGCCGGCGCCCGGGUCCGACCAGCUCCUCCACGCCAUCGCCGCGCAUCUCCUGCUCAACUCCGCGCCCCCGCCUCCCCCGCAGCCCCAGGCCCAACCGCCGCCCCAGCCCCAGCCCCAGCACCACCCGCAGCAGCCGCAACACCAGCCCCAGCCCCACCCUCAUCCCGCCGCGCACCACGCGAAUCUCUACGCCACCUACGCUUACCAGUACCAGCACCAGCAGCAGCAGCAGCAGGGAUCCGCCCCCCACGCGGCCUAUCCCCAGCCGCCCGCGCCCGCGCCGCCGCCGCCGCAGCAGCAUCACCAUCAGCACCAGCCGAACCCGCCCGACCAUGGCCAGCUCCUGCUCCACUCGCUCCUGCGCCGCGUGGCCGCGCUCGAGACCACCCUGCCGCACGCCUUCCCCUCCGUCUCGGCACCGCAUCCCCAGCAGCCCAACCCUCGCCGGCACCACCGCGCGCACGCGCACCAGGAGGACCCGCCCUCGCCCCCACCGCCGCGUCGCGCGCGCCGGGGGCCGCCGUCCGAGAGGGAGCUGGCGGCGCGCACGAUCCAGGAGCACUUCCGCCGCUUCCUGGCGCGGCGCUCCCGCACGCUGCGCCAGCUCAAGGAGCUCGCCAUGCUCCGUGCCAAGGCCGCGUCCCUCCGGGCGUCCCUCUCCGGCUCCGGCCACCGCCGGUGCAAGGACCCGAUGGCCAUCUCGGAGGCCGCCCUGGGCAUGCUCUACCGCGUCGACGGGAUCCAGGGAGGGGACCCUAUGAUCCGGGAGGGGAAGCACGCCGUGAGCCGGGAGCUCGGCCGCAUAUUGGAGUUUGUCGACAAGGUGCUCCUCAGAGAGCAGGAGGAGAUGAGCGGGGAUGGCGCAUUCGACGAUUAUCCUGAAGGUUGUCGUGGGGGGAAUCGCCCAACUGUGAACAAGAAGGUAAGUUUCCACGGUAAUGAGGCCAAUAACGAUGCCGAUGAGAGCUCCGAGAGCUCGAGUUCGGCCGAGGCAGAUGAGAGGAAGGCCGCAAACAACAAGAAGAGUGCCAAUGGCAAGCCUGGGCUUGCAGCCCCAGUGCCUGUGCACAUGGAGUCAAGGAGAACUCCAGGGGAAAUGUGAUAACCCAGUCUUGCAUCAUGUAAUGCUACCUCAUGUUUAGGAUCAUGUGGAUUAUCUUGCUCUUACAGUACUAAGGUUCUUAUUCACUGAUGUUUCUCGAGAAAAGAUUGGAACCUUUUAGUCGGUAGAGUUUGUGCUGCAACAACUGUGUUUAGACUGUUCUAUUGCCUCUCUGUUACAUUUGUUACCGCAUUGUACUACUGGUAGUUUUGAACAUUGAGAAUCUAGCUUUGAUCAUUUUAUUGCA